AUGUCAGAGCCUCCAAGCCGACCGAAUCUCACACCGCAAUUUUGCUUCAAUCAGACAGCACUUCAAGACUUCCUCCGACUAUCUAGGGGCAUGAUUGAUGAUUCCAUAAUACAGAACCUCAAUGCUUUGAUGACACCCUCGAGGAAACCAUGGGAUCCAGCUACUACGUCAGAACGGCAGAUACGGCCUGUUGAGAGACGGCCUACAGAUCCACAAGCAUGUCAAAGCUUCAAGAAUGAGGUGCUCUUCCGAAGUUGGCAGACGAGAUCUGAUGUUCUCAACUAUUGUGCAGGCGUCGCCUUGGAUCCAAGUGACCCUGAUCUAGCUCUGAAGCAGGUUGAGUCGGCAAAGGAAAGGGAACGGGUGGUAGAUGAGCGCCUUGACCCAUAUUCGGCGCGCUUCUUUCCGAGAGAAGCAAGGACGGAGCUACUGGCGAAUCUCAUCAGGAAUGAAAGGAGCGUAGAGGGCAUCAUAAGAUCACGAACGUGGAGUCUGGUGUCAGAAAGAUGCGGUGACCCCGGGACCGGGUGGGAGGAAGCGUUGAACAAGUGGAGACAUGACAGAGAAGCUGAUCGAUAG